AUGGCACAACUGCCUUCCAAUGUGGUAACAGUUCUUGCAUUGAGAGCCCUUAAGUUCAUUUUCUUAUUAGUUGCAUUGGGCGUACUUGUAAGUGAUACACUCUAUGUCCCCAAUGAUGUCUUUGAUUACGAAUUAGAAUACAGUUUUGACGAUGUUUAUGCUUAUAGAUAUGUGCUUGCUACAAUCGUGAUUGGGAUGUUGUUUGCAUUACUACAAAUUGUCUUCACUAUUUACAAUUUCAAAACUGGAAUCAAAUUGUAUGGGGUGUGUAUUUUUCAAUUCAACUUCUAUGCAGAUAAGUUCUUUAACCAAGCAAAUGCUGCAAUUGCAUGUGUAUUUCUUGCCUUUAUCACUUCAGCACUCAUUUCCAUUUUAUCAUCUUGGGCUCUCACCUCUAUGGAGCCACACCAGGAGCCUAAGACCCUGACCCAUCUGGAUACAGAGGCCUAG